AUGGGGGUGCUGCGAGCACUCCGAGGUUUCUUCACUGGCGUGGGUGCCCGGUCUGGCCCUGCGCGUGGUGAGAAUGGUGGCAGUGUGGUCGGGGCUGUCCCUGCGGCCAUCACGACCUUCGCUGCCGUGGUGAUUUCUAUUCUGGACCAGUUGGAAGAUGCUCAGGGCGGCAGAGUAGAGGCCUACCGCCAGCUGGAGAGCGUCUUGUGGGGCGACGAGAGCGACCUGCAGAGCUCUGUCGCAGGCAGAGCCAUAGCACUGGCAGCCCAGGACCUGCGCGUGGCCCAGGACACGACGGCCGCCGUGAGGAUGGCGGCGAGUGACGUCCUGGUGGCGCUGGCCCGCUGGCACCUGCAUGAUGUGGUGUCGGUGCUGCAGGGCCACCUCCAGGCCCUGGAGGAGAUGUCGGUGGAGCUGGUCCUCCACACUCUGCACAACCUGGCCAUCCGCUACGCCCUGCAGUGCGUGCCCUUCGCGGGAAAGACGCUGGCAGCCCUGCGCGGCGUGCUGAGCACAGCGGGGAGCAGCCGGAUGCUGUGCGCCGUCUGUGGCGUUGUGGAGCAGUGGUGCAGCGGGAUCAGCGCAUACCUCCGCCAACGGGAGAAAUGCGACUUCCCUCACCUGGGGGCUGCCCAGCUCUGCGCCCCUGUUUACUCGCUUGGCAAGCAGGCCAUGCUGAGGGCGAUGGCUGUUAUGAUGGGUGUCCUGCUGCACGCGGAGGAGCACCACCAACAUGCCUGGGAGCAGCUUCUCUGGCUGCUGCACCAAUACCGAGAAGUCCAGGACCCCUCAGGGGUGACCAGGAGUCUCAGCUAUUUCCUGUGGGCCGUGAUGGAUGUUCAGGCCCAGGUGCCCCGAGCCAAGAUUCUGGCUGUCAUCGCGGCUGUGCACGAGCAGCUCUGCGAUGAGAUGGAGCCACCCAGCCCAGGGCACCGAGCAGAGUUGUGCCACUGCAUGGUGCUGCAGGCCCGAAUUUGCCCGGAGGAGACCAUCGUGUUCCUGUACUAUAAGCUCAGGACCGGGAACAAGGUCGAUCGCGUGGCAGCCGUGGAAAUGCUGCAAGCUCUUGUCCGCUGUGACGCCCCCGAUGUGAGAGAGAAGCUGCCCCUGUUCACCAAGCUGGUGCAGUCUGUGUGCCACGACCCUGCAGCCCAGGUGAGGAAGGCAGUGCUGCGUUUCCUCGGGGAGCUGCUGCACUCCAGCGCCCUGGGCUGCUCGGCGUGGGACGUGGUGGGGCACCUCUUCGGCGAGUUCAGCCGGGCCUCGGGCAGACUGGCAACAGGAAAACUUUCGGUGGUGGAAGUGUGGGAAGAGAGGACUGUUCAGCGCCUCUGCGCCCACGUCCUGGGCUCACUGGACGUAUCUGCCGGAGCGGUGGCCAAGCUCCUGUGGCCGAGGCUGCUGCAGUAUGUGGUGCCAGCUGAGUAUACGGGCAUGCUGGUCCCGCUGUGCCGCUGCCUGCGUGCCCUGGCCGAGAGAACAGAGAGAACAGAGGGCGAGGAAGAGAAGGCGGCGCCCGAGGCCCUGAAGCCUGCAGAGCCAGCCCCUCUGCCGGCUCCCCAAGCCCUGCUGGCUCGUCUGCUGGUGAGUACCGGGGCCCCCGGGGAAGGAGCUUCUGUGGCCGGGGUGAGGGGAGAGCCCGGAGAGAUGGUGCUGCAGCUGGUGCUGGGCACCCCGGGAGGAGGAGGCAGGAGCAUGGUGGUGGCAGCUGUGGCUCCACACACAGGCGGUGGCCAUGGAGCCGCAGCCCUGCAGCUGCUGCAGGUGCUCUGUGGCACGAUCCACAGAGCCGUGGGGGCGAGCUGGGCCACAGAGAUCCCCCUGCUGCUGCAGCACCUGGCAGGAACAACCGCCGGCUUCCUGGACAGGGCCGAGUGGGACAGCCUCCUGCUGAAGUUCCUGCGAGCGUCGCUGGAGGUCAUCGCCAGCGAGGCCUGGACCGUGGAGCUGAGCCGGGAGCUGAGCCGGCAGCUGGGUGGCUCUCCCCGCCUGUCCUGGGAGAAGCGGUUCCUCUACAAGGCUCUCGGCACGGCCCUGGCAGCUUGUGGGUGUCUGCGCCACGUGCGAGAGCAGACCCUGCAACAUCUGGAAGCAACCAACUUCCUGGAGCUGUGGGAGGCACAGGGAAUCGUUUCGGUUGUGUCCCGCUGCGCCGAGAGCCACUUCCAGCUGGCAUUGUCCUCAGUGCAGCAAUUCACGGGGACCUUGAAACACCGGAAGCAGAGCCACGCACUGAGGAACCGCGCUGCUCGUGCGACGCUCAUGGUGAUCUACGGCCGGAUGGCGCUGCGCGCCCCCAGGGAGCAGCUGCUCACCCACGUGGAGAGAGACAUCGUGGGGAACGUCCUGCAGCUCUACCGAGAGGGCUGCCAGGACGCGCAGCUGAAGCUCUCCCUGGUGCAGAGCGUAACUGAGAUCAGCCUUGCCAUCCAGGCUGCAGACGCCGGCCCCAGGUUCGAGCUGUGCUGCAAGCGGGAGCUUCUGCAGAUGCUGCUGGAGGUGAUGCAGGAGGAGCCCCAGGAGUCCCCAGUGCAGCCCCGGGCCCUCAUGGCUGUGGAGCAGUUGAGCAAGCUGAAGCCCCGUCUGAGCAGGGAGGAAAAAUGCAGCCUCCUGGCUCAGUGCUGCCGGGGCGUCGUGUGCCUCCGUCACCCAGAGCAGAUGGAGGCGAGAGGGGAGGCGGCAGCGGCUGCUCCAGUGGCACCGGGUGUGCAGGCGCCAGCCCUGCGGGCACUGGGCCAGCUCAUGAGAACCCUUCUGCGGGAAGAGCCGGCCCCCAUCUGCUUCGAGGACGUGGUACAGGUCCUGCGGCACUGGCUCGCCUCAGCCGAGGAGUGCGAGCGGGAGAGGGCCCUGCAGGUGUGCGUUCAGCUGCUGGGUGCUCAUGAGGAGCAACGCGAGCAUGGGCGAGGCCGCGCCUGCGAGCAGUUCGGCUCCCUGGCGGGACUACUGGGGCCUCUGACCUGUGAUGCCUCAGCUGCGUCCCGCUGGCGGGCAGCCACCUGCCUCGGCCACCUGCUCCAAAUCGGAGCUGAGACCACGGACGUGGCGCCGUGCACUAACGAGAUCGGGUACCUGCGGGAGAGGCUCAACGCCGUCGCCCCCGACUCUCUGCUGGCCACCUCCACCAACAUCGCAAAGCUGGUUUGCAAGCAUGUCCCCCAAGGCCAGGCUGCAGACUUCAUGGACACUGUCAUGGAGAGCCUGCAGUGCACCAGGCCCGUGCGCGCGUGGGCUGCUGGGCGGUGGGCACUCACCUUCCUGGGGGACUGCGGAGAGCAAAUAUUCCAGGAGGAGGUACCUGAACUCGUCACCAUCCUCUGCACCUGCCUGCAGAGCACCCAGCAGAGCACCCGCAGGUGCUUUGUGCUGCGAGCGAUGUUCAUCCUGGCCCGCUGCCACCAGGAACCGGUGAUUGACAGUCUCCUCCAGAGGUGUCUGCCCAUGGACAGCAACACAGUGGAAGUGUGGAGGAGCCUAGGGAGAAGCGCUCUGGGAUACCCAAUCCUGGAGCGCUUAACUGAAAAGUUAAGGGCAGCCGGAGACAGCAGCCAGGGGAGCGAGUGCUGCGCUCGGGAGCUGGGCAGCAGCCAGGCUGCCCUGGAGCCUCACACGAUCAUCCGCGCCCUCUGUGAGAUGGUGUCAGUGCUGCAGAGCGAGGGGCUGGUCCAGCACCUGCUUCCUGACCUGCUUCCCAGCCUCCUGGGGCAGGUCAGUGAGACGCUGCGGGAGGAGAUGGAACCGUCCCUCAGGGAGCCCGAGAGCUCCGACACGUCAGGCAGGCUGUUUGUGGAGGUGCUGGAGCUGGUGCUCUCCAAGUGCCUGGAGGAGCGGUGGCUUCGGCUGCUCCGGGAGCAGGGAGCAUGGGCGUCCCUGGCCGAGCCCCAGGCUCACAGCGCUGGCGUGUGUCUUCUGGCGAGCGUGCUGCUCCGCGCGGAGCUUGUCCCACCGCGCCUGCUGCAGAACCUCUCCACCUGGCUGGACUCGUGCUCAGCAAACCUGCGGCUCACGGCCACAGCUUUCUUUGCUGAGCUGAUGAAGGACCGGCUAGUGGAGGAGAGAAAGCUGCUGAAGCCCCUCUUAGAGGCUUUUGCGGCGAGGGCGCGCGACCCCGUCAGCGCCGUGCAGCAGAUGGCAAUGAGAGGCCUGGGCAACGCGGCAAGCGGAGCACCGGUGAAGCUGCAGAGGCACGGGGCAGCCGUGGUGGCAGUGCUACGCGGGGGCCUGGAGGACGGGGCCAGCGUGGAGGUGGCAGCCGAGAGCCUGCUGGCGCUGGCGAAAGUGCUGGGGCCGCUGGUGGCCAGGGCCAUUGGCUCGGCCUUUGAAGAGGUCACCAGGUCCAGCCGGGCCUUCUGGGGAGCGGAGGAAGAAGCCCUGCGCUGCUCAGCCUUCACCCUCUACGGCGCCCUGGCCGCCUCCGCCUCUGCCUCAGGGAGGAGGUCAUUCUUCAGCAGGGAGGUGGAGGCAUCGUUCCCCAGCUUGGUGCUGCACCUCGGGGACCCGGCACCGGCAGUCCGUGAUGCGUGCAAGAUGGCCCUGCACCGGUGUGCCCCAUUCCUGGCAUCAGAGAGGGUGCGACGUCGCGUGGCCGCCAGCACUGGGCUGAGCGCCGCCGAGCUGCAGGAUGAGCUCUGCAGGCACCUGGCCCGAGACUGCCCCGCACUGCUGGAGAGCCUCUGCCACAUGGCCCAGAGCUGCUGCACGGGGAGCUGCCAGGCGCCGCAGGAGGCAGCCGUCCGCAUCCUGGGCCUCCUGAUGAAUGCGGCGCCAGCCGAGAGGCCGCAGCGGCAGGACCCGGCGUCGCGGUGGGGAGCUCGGCAGAGGCAGCGGUGCAAUCGGUCACCCCGUGCACGGCGGGCAGCAGCCGUGGGAACCCGGCAGCCCGGGGCAGCAGAGCUAUAAAGCUGCAUCCGUGCGAGCCAGCCUGAAAGGAGUCUCAAUAAAGGAAGUUUUCCUCAUAUCUCA